AUGUUGGGCACUAGAAGGAGUAUUUCCCUCGCUAUUCGCCGAUCACAGACUUCAAAGGCCCGGACACGGAAUUUCAGGCCGAACUUCUGCUCUGUUCCCACCACACAAUUCAGCACCUCAUCAUCGGUCGGAGCUAUCGCAGCCCCGUCCAAACAAUCCAAAUAUACCACAGAUGCGUAUCCGAAUCUAAAGCGAAAUCCCAAUUUCUCCGAACUCAGUGACGUCCAUGUUCAACAUUUUAAAACCUUGCUCAAAUCCCCCUCUGCAGUCAUCGAUGGUUUCACUCAGGAUGCGACGGACGAUAUCGAGCCGUUCAACUGUGAUUGGAUGCGGAAAUACAGAGGACAUGCUAGAUUGGUGCUGAAGCCUCAAAGCACAAAGGAAGUGAGUGAGGUACUGAAGUACUGCAAUGCGAAUAAGCUGGCUGUAGUACCUCAGGGUGGGAAUACAGGACUGGUCGGUGGAGGGGUGCCCGUGUUCGAUGAGAUUGUAAUUAGUACGGCGCGAAUGAAUAAUAUUCGAUCCUUUGAUGAAAAUUCUGGGGUGCUGGUGGUUGAUGCCGGUGUGAUUCUGGAGGUUGCUGAUAAAUAUCUUGCGGAGAGAAAUCAUAUUUUCCCCCUUGAUCUCGGGGCCAAGGGCUCAUGCCAUAUUGGGGGCAACGUUGCGGCUAAUGCGGGUGGUCUGCGAUUGCUACGCUACGGAAGUUUACAUGGUAAUGUGCUGGGGAUAGAAGCCGUACUUCCCGAUGGGACACUUAUUGAUGACUUGUCCACGUUGAGGAAGAACAAUACGGGAUAUGAUUUGAAGCAACUUUUCAUUGGUAGCGAGGGGACCAUUGGCAUUAUAACUGGUGUUUCUAUAAUUUGCCCCCGGCGGCCUAAGGCAAUCAAUGUGGCCUUCUUUGGCAUCGAGAGUUACGAACAAGCUCUCAAGGCUUUCUUGGAGGCCCGGGGCCAGUUGUCAGAAAUCCUAUCUGCAUUCGAAUUAAUGGAUGGGCGCAGUCAGGACAUGGUGCAUAAGGUCACUGGAUUAAAGAAGCCUUUGGAGGGAUCAUACCCCUUCUACUGUCUCGUAGAAACGAGCGGCUCGAACGGUGAACAUGACAAUGAGAAACUGGAAGGGUUUUUGGAGCAUGUUAUGGAUGAAUCGAUUGUGGCAGAUGGGGUGCUGGCUCAGGAUGAAACACAGGCACAGACACUCUGGCGGUGGCGAGAAGGGAUUACUGAGGCCUUGAGUCAUUUGGGAGGAACAUAUAAAUAUGACGUCUCCAUACCGCUAGCUGAGCUUUACCAGCUAGUUGAUGACACGAGAGACCGAUUGACCAAGGCCGGUUUAGUAGGAGACAACGACAGCUACCCAGUUCGCGAAGUGUUGGGAUACGGCCACAUGGGGGAUUCGAAUCUGCAUCUCAACGUCGCGGUCCGGAAAUAUAACAAGGACGUUGAGAAGAUGAUCGAGCCCUGGGUCUACGAGUGGAUUGCCAAGCGGAAUGGCAGUAUCAGUGCAGAGCAUGGCCUGGGCAUCGCGAAGAGGGAAUUCAUCGGCUACAGCAAGAGUGAGACGAUGACUAAGCUGAUGGCACAGCUGAAAAAGCUUUACGACCCGAACGGAAUCAUGAACCCUUAUAAAUACAUCUAA